AUGUCUCAAUCCUCUUCCAACGGCACUAAGCGUAAUGCUGAUGACAUUGAUCAUUCGCUUUAUACUUGGGACUUGCGUACGUCAUUACUUGAUUUGGUAUACAAUCAUUGCUACAUUCUAUUAACACAUCAUUGCUUUUACUCAUUAUUGGAAUCAUCGGCACUACCAGCAACAAGUCGUAGACAUACCUCCAGGAAUGCUGUUGCUGAGGCCGCUGCAAACGAUGAUUCGCAUCAAGAUGUCUCCAUUGAUCAUGGAAACGACUAUGAUUUCGAGGAUUCACCUCAAGAUGCCUCAAUUCAUCAUGGGGAUGAUGACGGUUACGAUGAUUCGGAUCAAUACGUCUAUAGCGAUCGUGAGGAUGAUGAUGACAGUGGAAACGAAGAUGAAGACCACGAAGGUGAAUAA